AUGGAAUUGUUUUAUCUUCUCUGCUCAAUCCUCUACACUUCCGUCACAUCUCUCUUCCUCUCUCUCUUCCUCCCAUUUCGUCUCCUUCUCCACCGUCUCUUCCCUUCACGCGCCGUCGUCGAUUCCAACGUCUCUUUCUACGAAGGCACCGUUUGGCACCACCGUCUCCGUCCCGUCCGUCACUCGUUCCGUUACUCCGUUCGUUACGCUCUCUACGACCUGGACAACGCCCUUGACUCGCCGCCGGAUCAUCUCUCCGCCGACGAAGCUCGCCGUCUUUCUCUUACCUCCGGUCCGAUAUUUCUAUUGACAAUACCUCCAAGUGUUGGAUAUGAACAGAAUCCAUUGAGUUUGUAUUAUUGUUACGAUUUGGAUGGAUCGAGCAAGCGAUUAAGUAAAUGCAUUGCUCAGGUUACUAAUACGCCAUGGGGAGAACGAGUGACGUUUGUUUUCGAUCCUGAAUCUGACUUGAUUGCUAAAUCAUUACAUGUCAGUCCUUUCAUGGAUAUGCUUGGGAAUUGGAAAAUCAGAGCAAAUGAACCAGGAGAUGAUUUAUCUGUCUCCAUUGAAUCGCAGCAUCCUCAUCACGGUAACUAUUUCUCUGCGACAUUAAAGGCGAAAAGAGUACCCGCAACGCGGGUGUCUGAUCCCGCAGUUUUCUUCUGGUUGAUGCCUCAUAAGGUUGCAAUAUGGAUCUAUUGGCAUGCACUUAAACUCUGGUGGAAGAAUGUACUUUUCAUCCAACACCCGAGAUACUCAAACCCAUUAUACAGAGAGGAAUCUGCGAAAAGGGAUCAAGAACUUCAUCGUGGCGGUUUAGAUGGGUCAGACUCUGAUAAAACCAUCAAAUUUGAUGGGUUUAAAGCAGGCGGUUGUAGUAGUAGUUCUGGAGGAUGUCGGUUUGCGUGGCGAGAUGCUAAUUGGCCUUGGUCAUGA